CUUCAAUCCAAGAUACUCACCAUCAUCCCCACCGUGCUCCAUGAUGUAGCAAUAUCACACCUGAUCCGUGCUCACAGUUCCACAUCAUUCAUUGGGCUUCAAGGUCCUUGCCACCAAUAUCUCUCUUGUAUAAUUUCCCUCUAAGGCCUAGAACAGCCUCGGAAUGACAAUCUUGCAUCCGUCACACGAUGCAAUUCAGACACCGAAGGCCUGACAAAUGUGGAGGCAGGCCAGAUACUCUCUGUUCUCCUGGGGAAAGGGGAGGACGGACUGGGUAAACUCAGCUGAAGAUUGUCUGAACCUUGCCAUCUGUGCUAGUCGUAGCGGCUGUCGUGAUUCUGUAGCAGGGUAGAAACAUAUAAGAUGAUGGAUCUUGCCUUCAACUUCGCAUCAAGAACUAACUUGAUUUACGGACGAAAUGAACAUUGCUCCUCCCUCUUACUUGAACUCCAGUGAUCAUAUCAGCAAAUGGGGCUACUCGUUUGCUUUUACGAGCGACCAUCUCUCUAUGGAAAAGACAGAGUCACUGCGUCAGCAAUAUGACACUUUGGGCGCUGCUGCUCUGGAGAGACUUCAAUCCAUACGAUCUUCUUUGGUUGAUCAGAGCAAAGCAAACGGGACGAGUCCACCCUCAGGAGAUCUCUACACUAUCCUCCGAGAUCGCCACGGGGAGGACGAGGUUCUAACACGGUUCUGGAAUGAAACCCACACAGUCCCGGACUGGGUUGAUUGGGAGCAGCUCGAGCGAGGUCAACGGUUCUUCCAUCGAUAUAUGAUUGCCAACCUUGUUGGUUUCGCAUUACAGGGAUUCGUAGCGGAAAACUCCGCAGCCUCCGGCGUAGUGGAAGUCCUUGUCCGAACCGGUAGUUUCUCGACCCGUAUGUUGCUGAAGCGAUUACUAGAGACCUUCCAAUGGUUGAUUCAAGUGACCUCUGACCUUGCUGCCAUCCAACCGGGAGGCGAAGGACAUGUUGCAACUGUUCGAGUCCGACUCCUCCAUUCGUCUGUCAGACAACGCAUCUUACAUCUAUGUCGAACAAAGCCCGAUUACUUCGACAUCGACCGGCACGGUGUCCCCGUGAAUGCCCUAGAUAGCAUUCACUCCAUUAGUACCUUCUCCUGCAACCCGAUGUGGCUCCAAUUGCCGAGGCUUGGAAUUUCCCCAUCCCCCGAUGAGCUCAAAGAUUACAUCGCCCUAUUCCGAUACCUUGGUUACCUUCUCGGGACGCCAACAUCAUACUUCGAGUCGGUAGAGAAGGGCAAGUGUACAAUGGAGAGUAUGAUAGCGCACGAGCUACACACCACGGAGACAUCGCGCGUGGUCGCUUAUAACUUUGUCGAAUGCGUAGCGAACCUUCCUGCGCCGUUCCAUGUCUCAAGGAAGUUCAUCGAAGCUGGUAGUCGGUGGAUCAACGGAGACGAGAUCUGCGAUGAACUUGAGCUCGGGAAGCCCGGGGCUCUACAUCAAUUGAUGUUCGCAGGCUAUUGUGCUCUUGUCCGGGGGCUUGCCUGGUUGCAACGGAUGGUUCCUCGCUUCGAUGAGUACAUGAUUCAGCUCUCCCGAGAUCUCUUGUAUCAGGGAAUAGUACUACGAGAACGCACCCGUUUCGACUUUAAGCAUAUCCCUCGAAUGGGCAAGACCACCGGAAGGGAAAGGUGCUGCUCGGACAAAGGAGACAGGGCUUGGAAGACGGGCCAGUAUCCCCUGUAUCUUCAAUCCACUUUGUACGAUCUUACAGAUAUGGGGUAUUUUGAAAUAUUGUGUGUCGUUAUUGUUACUCUAGUGGGGGCACUAAUGGCUGGGUGUGUGAUCAAAAGUGGAUUGUGGGUGCAUGAAAGAACGCGAGGCUUGGCUAUCUAG